CCACGCAAGGAAACACUCCCCCCCGUCCCCACGCCCCCAGUCCAACUCCAAUCCUCCGCCAUGAACUCGCUCCAGUCCUUCCUCGCCGUCGCGCCCGUCGCCGCCAAGCCGGCGUCCUCCCGCGUCCCUGGCGCGGGAUCGCGGAUCGCCCGGCCGUCGUCCCGCCGCGCCCGCGUCUCGGCCUGCCUCGCGGCGGAGGCGCCGCCGCCGCCCCCGACCGCGGGGGCCGGGGCGGCGCGGCGGGAGCUCACGGCGGCGAGCCUGGCCGUGAUGGAGGACGAGGCGCGGUACCUCGUGGGCACCUACAACCGCUCCCGCGUCGUCCUCGAGGCCGGCCGCGGCUGCAAGGUCUACGACCUCGACGGCCGCGAGUACCUCGACAUGGCCGCCGGCAUCGCCGUCACCUCGCUCGGCCACGGCGAGCCGGAAGUGACCGCCACCAUCGGGCAGCAGAGCGGCACCCUCAUCCACGUCAGCAACGUCUACUACACCAGGGCGCAGGUUGCGCUCGCCAAGCGGCUCGUGGAGUCCUCCUUCGCGGACCGCGCCUUCUUCGCCAACUCCGGCACGGAGGCCAACGAGGCGGCCAUCAAGUUCUCCCGCAAGUUCCAGCGGGUCGCGCACCCCGACAGCGACGAUCCGCCAUCCGAGUUCCUGGCCUUCACCAACUGCUUCCAUGGCCGGACCAUGGGCUCGGUCGCGCUCACCAGCAAGUCGCAGUACCGGGAACCGUUCGCGCCCGUCAUGCCUGGCGGGACCUUCGUGGAGUACGGCAACCUGCAGGAGGCCAAGAAGGUGAUACAGUCCGGCAGGCUCGCCGCUGUGUUCGUGGAGCCCGUGCAGGGUGAGGGUGGCAUUCAUAGUGCGACCCAGGAGUUCUUGCAGGGGCUGCGGGAGGCAUGUGACGAGGCUGGAGCUCUCUUGGUCUUUGAUGAGGUGCAAUGUGGUUUGGGGCGCACAGGUUACCUCUGGGCACAUGAGGCAUAUGGAGUAGCACCGGACAUUAUGACCUUAGCAAAGCCACUAGCGAAUGGUCUCCCGAUCGGCGCUGUCUUGGUCAAGGAAAAGGUUGCUGCAGCCAUAAACUACGGCGACCAUGGUACAACAUUCGGUGGUGGCCCUCUUGUCUGCAAGACUGCACUAACAGUAUUGGACAAAAUCCAGAAACCUGGUUUCUUGGCUGAGGUGUCCAAGAAAGGAGAGAACUUCAAGCAGCUUCUCCGCACCAAGCUGAGCGGAAACCCACAUGUAAAGGAGGUCCGCGGUGUUGGCCUCAUUGUCGGCAUCGAGCUAGAUGUACCGGCUGGUCCUCUGGUCGAUGCAUGCCUUGAUGCCGGUGUCAUAGUGCUGACAGCUGGGAAAGGCAAUGUUGUGAGGCUCGUGCCGCCACUCAUCAUCUCAGAGAAGGAGCUGGAGCAAGCCGCCGAUGUUAUAAGGGACUGUCUACCGGCGCUUGAUGCUGCAUCUUCUUAAUGUAACCACAUGCCUUAUCAAUUGUAGAAUGAUCCUCCCUUUUGGGAGGUUCAGAUAGUGUAUGUUAUAGGUCCGCAUUGGAAGCUAGUUCCAAAUUUGGGAAUCGAAUAAUUUCAUGUUGGACCCAUUUUCACCCAUCUUUCUGAGAGUAAGUGAUUUAUUGGUUGUCAUGUCAAUUUACAAGA